AUGUAUUCGCUACAACAUCGUUUAGCAGAAAAUAUAAGGUCUAUAAUAAGCCACUUUACACCAAUUUCUCAAGAUUCACGUUUUAAUAGUGAUGGAUUAAUAUCUCCUUCUGAAUUUGUAGAUGCUGGUGAUUAUACUACUUUACAAUUUCCGAAGUGGAAAUGGAGAUCAGCUGAAAAGGGUUUCGAAGUUCCAUGGUUACCAAAAAAUAAGCAAUAUUUGUAUAUUCAAGAUAUUGCAUCUAGAAAACGAAUUAAAGAUAUAGAAACUACAUAUAAUUGCAAUGAAUAUAAAGAAUGGACAAUAGCUCAUGAGAUUAAUUCAGAUAAUUUUCAUAAUACAAAUUAUACAGAUACUAAUAUACAAAAUAAUUCAGUAGAUAUAGAAUUAAUGUCAAGGUUAAGAACCUAUGACAUUAGUAUAACUUAUGACAAAUAUUUCCAGAUUCCACGUAUGUGGUUAUAUGGUUAUAAUCAAGAUGGUAUUCCAUUAGAUCCAAAAGAAAUAGUCCAGGAUAUUAUGAGUGAGUAUACUGAGAAAACAAUUACAAUUGAUCCUCAUCCAUGCACUGGUAUAUCCUGCAUUUCUAUACAUCCUUGUAAACAUUCAGAUAUAUUUAAAAAGAUAGCAUUAAGAAAUAGAACUCCAAUAAAACAUGAAAUGGCAAUAGUCAUACUACUGAAAUUUUUAUCAUCAGUGAUACCUACAAUUGAACUGGACCAUACUAUUGACGUUAAUAUCUCAUUAUAG